AUGGCAGACGGCGACAGAAGCGACGAAGUCGACGCAGAGGACGACGACGACGACAGCGAAGACGAGAGACUGUUUUCACUUGAUCCCGAAGCAGACGGCGAUGCAAGGAUUACCGGCGUAGUCAAGGGAAAGCACAUCGUCACCCCCGGCGAGCUGGUGACUUCAGACGCGACCUGGAUGCGCGGCCAUGGAACCUACUCUGUAGGCAACUCAACCUACUCCUCCGUGGCGGGCACAAUCACCCGCGUCAACAAACUUCUCUCGGUGACGCCUCUGCGAGGACGGUAUGUGCCCGAGGUAGGCGACCACGUCGUCGGCCGCAUCAUCGACGUCGGCACUCGCAGCUGGCACGUCGAUAUCGGCGCAAAGCAAGCCGCCGUACUUAUGCUCGGCUCUGUGAAUUUGCCUGGUGGUGUUCAGCGACGAAAGUCGGAGAGCGAUGAGCUUCAGAUGAGAGUCUUUCUUAAGGAAGGCGAUCUACUUAAUGCCGAAGUCCAAGCAAUCUUCACAGACGGUGCAGCUUCUCUCCACACCCGUUCACUCAGCUACGGAAAACUCCGUAACGGCUACUUUCUCAACAUUCCUUCCUCCCUCAUCAUCCGAUCAAAGAUCCACACUCUAGAACUCCCCGGCGGCGUCGACCUCGUCUUGGGCGUCAACGGAUACCUCUGGCUUCGAAAACACACACAACAGCUCGGCGAACAAGGCGUCAGCAUCACCAGAUUAGCAGAAGAGGCCGGCUGGGAAAUCUACAGCGACGAAAACGAGUACAUCUCCCCCAGCAUACGCGAGACCAUCGCGCGCUAUGCAAACGCAAUCAAAGCUCUCGAGUUUGGCGAGGUCGGCGUGAAUGAGCCUCGUGUUGUGGCUGCGUAUGAAGCUAGUCUGGAGUUCAAAAACGUCGGAGAAAUGGUGGAGAACGAUGCUAAGCGUCGUAUUGCUAGACAGGUCCUGGCUGCUAGGUCUUAA